AUGGAUAAUGCAAAUGAAAAUAAAGAUGUUGUUAAUUUGACUCAAGACAAUAAUAAUAAUGAUGAUAGCGGUUUGGAUAAAAGUGAUAAAAUAAGAAGUGAAUAUAAUGAUAAAGAUAGAAAUAAUGAUAAUGGAAAUGAGAAUAAUAACAAAGAUUAUAAUAGUUUAAAGAUGAAUAAGGAUGAAGAUAGCUUAAAUAAAG